AGGUACGUACAAGAAUGGUUAGGUUGCCUGAUUUCGGCAGGAAUAGUCCGACUUCACGAGGACGGGAAAUACUCACUUCCAUAUGAAGAGCCUGUGGUGAGGGAAUGCUGUAGCAUUGCCUCUGUCCUUCCUAUACUCUGUGAGAUGUUUCCUCGACUAGAAAACGUCAUGUCAGAAGAUGGACCACGAGGUUACGGGUGCUAUGAGCCUUUCCUGCACUGGUGGGGUCAUUUCUUUACAUUGGAAGCAAUUCAGAAGUGGAUAAAAGAGCUGUUUGUCCCAGUACUGGAACUCAAAGAAGGGAACCAAUUCACUCUGCUAGAUCUUGGAUGUGGUUACGGAAAGUUUACUUUAGAAAUAGCUAAAGUGUAUCCUGAGAGUUGCAUUUAUGGUAUUGACAUGGACAACGUCUCCAUAGAUUUCGCCCAAAAAGAACUUUCAAAGAAUGAUCAGAAAAAUGUUCAAUAUUUCUGUAGGAAAGGGGGAGAACUUCCAGAGGAUUGGACAGAGAAGUUUGAUUUUGUCUUAAUUAACGACGUUCUUCACGAUUCAUUCGAGGUCGACGCCAUGCUUGAAGAAACAAAGAGGGUCGUUAAACCAGAUGGAUAUGUAGCAACAUAUGACCCUCCCAUAUCCUCCUAUCCCAACAAGCUAGUCAAUGAUCCAACAGCACAGAUGGAGUUACCUCUAAGUCUCUUUUCGUGCCUUCCGUUGAGUUUAUCGGGUCCCUCCGGUGGAGGUUUAGGUGUAGGAUGGGGAUAUGAACGAAAGAAGAAAACAAUAGAAGAACAUGGAUUCCGACUGAUACAAGUUGGCGAUAAGGGCAUUAAUACUAUACAAGAACGUGUUGUCUUCCAAAAAUAAACUCAUAUAUAAAAGAAAUGUAUAGGUAUCAUGCACUACGUGAUAUACAUGUAGCAAGACAGAUGGUAAUCGAAUGAUUUUUUGUACGAAUAUUAAAGUUAAUUAAUGUUCUUACUUUAUGAUAUACAUGUAUUCUAUUUCUUUAUGAAAAUGUCAAAAUUACUA